AUGAUAAGUAAUAAAGAUGACUUUGAGAACGCAGCACUUUGGGGUGAAACUAGUGAGUCAUCAGUUUAUGGAUUCUGGCUACCUACUUAUGCUAUUGAUGGAUUGUUGACCACCGUGGCCCACACCAAAUCAGAGACUGACCCGUGGUGGAGAGUGGACCUGCUGAAAGUAUACAGAGUGAACAGAGUCACCAUCACCAAUAGAAAUAACUUUGCUGAUAGGAUUAACGGGGCGGUGAUUCGUAUCGGAAACUUUCUUGACGUUUACAGUAACACCAUAUGUGGUGUGAUUUCUACUCUUGCGGCCAGUGCCACGGCCACUUUCUCAUGCGGUGGGAUGGUGGGACGUUAUAUGAUUGUUCAUCUUCCUGGAGAUGGCAAAAUGCUUACUCUUGCUGAAGUUGGAGUCUACGGGUAUUUGGCAGGAAAUCGUGCAGUAGAAGGAGCCGUAAUACAAUCUUCGACAUUUGCGGGCUGGUUUGCUGAAAAGGCCACUGAUAGUAAUCGCGGCUUCCAGCAGUUGAAUACAGCAUGCACCUCAACCCUUAAUGAGUCUAACCCAUGGUGGAGGCUGGAUCUGCAUGAUGUUUACCGAGUUAGUGAAGUGGUCAUCACUAACAGAAAUGACAGCUAUGCAGAACAAAUAAACGGAGCGGAAAUUCGCAUCGGAAUCUCUUUGGAGAACAAUGGCAGCAACAAUCCCAUAUGUGCUGUUAUUUCUACUAUUCCAGCAGGUGAGUCCUACAACUUCUCAUGUAAUGGGAUGGUUGGACGUUACGUGAUUGUUCAUAUUCCUGGAGAUUGGGAGAUUCUUAGUCUUUGCGAGGUUGAAGUCUACGGGUAUUUGGCAGAAAAUCUGGCAGUAGCUGGUGCUGCUACACAGUCAUCAACAUCUGAGAACUGGUUUGCUGAAAAAGCCAUUGAUCGAGGUCUCCAGCAGUUGUAUACGGGAUGCUCCUCAACUCUCAGUCAGACUAACCCAUGGUGGAGGCUGGAUCUACAUCAUAUUUACCGAGUUAACAGAGUGGUCAUCACUAACAGAAACGACUGCUGUGCAGAACGAAUAAACGGAAUGGAGAUUCGCAUCGGAAACCCUUUGGAGAACAACAGCAACAACAAUCCCAUAUGUGCUGUUAUUCCUGCUAUUCCAGCAGGUGAGUCCUACAGCUACUCAUGCGGUGGGAUGGAGGGACGUUACAUGAAUCUAAUCAUUCCUGGAGACAUGAAGAUACUCACUCUGUGUGAGGUGAAAGUCUAUGGAGAAGGUAAACCGUGUUAA